AGUAAAUAAAAAUUUGCCCAACAAAAACCAAAGAAACAGAGCGAAAGAAAAGUUACUUUCUUCCUUCUACCCACGCUCACUCCAUUACUACAACCUGCAAUCCAAUACCAUUUUCCCAAGAAUUAUAGAAUUAUCCCACGAAUUUGAUGCUGUAAAUUAGUCCAAUUUUUAAAUUUGGGAGAGUGAAAUUAUGAAUAAGUUAAUUGAUUUUGGGAGAAAAGCCAUGUUCUACGUUAGGGUUCUUUCGGGAUACGAAGAGCGCAGAAUCCGAUCUUAUCGUUUACAGCUCCAACAACGCGUCCAACAGGCACAAGAGAGGAAGGCAGAAAUCAGAAAGGUCCCUGAACAGAUAAUUUUAUCAGAGGUGCGGCGGAUGGUCGAGGAAAUGCAAGCUUUGAAUAAGAAGUUAGAUGAAACUGAGGCUGCCAUUGAGGAGUACUUUAAGCCGAUUGACAAAGAAGCCGAGAUGAUAAUGAAAGUACAGCUUGAAGGAGAGGAGAAAACGGUGAAGGAGAUGAUGAGAACCAUGCAAAAACAGGCUUUACUCGAGGCAGCUGAUGCAGAAAAAAUUGGUCGUUUGCAAAAUGCAGACGCUGAUCUACACAAAGAGGAGAAAACGUCCAUAAGCAAGCAUACUGAAGUAAGAUAAUUCUACCCAACUUUUGUUAACUUUUUAACAAUCUAUUUACGAAAGCGUCGUGCUUUUUCUUCCCCAUAGUUACAUUUGGUAUGGCUACAUUUAUGAAAACAUGAUCCAUGUUUUUAUUUUAUUUAUUAAUAUUUUAAUUUUGAAGCUGAGAGAUUACUACAGGAAGAAAAGUAACGACAGUGACAUUGUCAAAAGUUAUUCGAGGGUGAAUGUCAAAAUAGUAUUGGAUUUUAA